UAUAUAUCGAGACACUUGUUAUGCAUUUUCCUAGCCUUCUUUAACAAUCUUCUCGCAUACUAUUCCCUUCGGACUGUUUUAUGGCUGAGCAGGCAACUGUUCCAAUGGAACUUACAAGCGUUGACAUGGCAGCUAUAGUUCAAACCCUCGAUGCCUCUUUGGGCUCAAAGAUUCUCGCUGCUCAACUAUUCGGUUUAUACACCGGCAUCAUCUUUGUUGCCUCAUGGAACAUAUUUGUCAAGAGAGUCCAGCCUGUCGGAAGAGCCUUAGCUGUUGCUAUCGUCGUCCUUUAUAUACUAACCGCCAUCAUUUUCGCCAUAAACUGCAUAGACACGCGUCAUACAUUCGCCAAUAAUGGCAUAAAUUUUUGGGCUGAAAAUACGGCAGACAUCAAUCCCGGGUUGGUUUUGGCCGGUGGGAUCAUGGGUGCUAUAUCUACCGUCCUUGCGGACUUGGUCUUGAUUUGGCGUUGCUGGAUAGUCUGGGGUUAUCGCCUGGUUGUUGUCGCUCUUCCUGCUCUUCUCUUGGCUGCGGCGGUCGGACUCAAGAUCUUUGAUAGCUACAAAUUCUACUUGGGACAAGAUUAUGUACCCAGUAUGGUACUGUUCUCUUCUUUCGUCCUGGCAACGACACUGUGGUGUACCAUCCUCAUAAUUUUCCGCAUCUCGACGAUCGCAAAUAGGGCAGGAAAUGGACUUCAUGCUUAUCGGCAUAUAAUUGGAGUCUUCGUAGAAUCCUCAGCGCUUUAUUCUGCAUCUGCAAUCCUGUAUGUGGUGUUCCGCGCUAUGGAAAGUCCGAAUUUUCUAUACAUGGAUAGUCUAAUGGGUGUAAUGAGAGGAAUCGCACCAACACUCCUUUUAGGACGUGUUGCAGCAGGACAUGCACACCUGGACGACUCUUGGCAGGGAAGCGCGGUUUCCCGGUCGCUUCGCUUCGGGAUGGAUUCGGAGAGUAGCAAUCAGACCACCUUCCAGGAAGACCACAUGCAAGGCGCCAGGUUCCAUCAUGACUUGGAAGCUCAGUCUCAUCAAAGAGUAGACGACCUUGGAGAAACCUUUCCAGAAGAUAGGACUAAAGUGUCGCGGGGAAUAUGAUAUCUCUUGAAUCCUAGAAGUAGGCCGGUUUUGCUGACUCGAGUGUGGUAUUGCUUUUUUAUCAUAAUUUACAACUGUAGAAGUAUCCCUCUC